AUGUCCUGGCUACUAAAUUCACUGCUAACUUUUUUAGUGCUACGCACGUUUGGAAGUAACACAACAAAUGUGGAGUCAAAUACCGAGGUAUUACUACAAGAGCUAUUUAACCGAACAUAUGACGUAAACGUUAAGCCAUCUGAUACACUGACAACUGUCACUAUAACUCCAAAUACAUUUCUUUUAUUGUCGAUGGAUCAAACACAAGAAACCAUUUUGUUUUCUCAAGAGUUUUUGUUGAAAUGGUACGAUCCGAUUCUUCAUUGGAAUAGAACAUUGUUUGAUUAUAAUCGAGAAUGGAUAAAAAUCUCAGUUAGCAGAGUUUGGGUCCCAGAUGUUAUUUUCACAAAAAGAUUAUCAGUGGAAUCUCUUCUCGAUGAAGAUAUGCAAAUGGCAGAUCUUCGUUAUAAUGGAGAAAUCCGUACAAGUCUUCCAGCAGUUGUAAGCACUUCUUGUCCACUAAACAUUCAAGAUUUUCCACAUGAUGUUCAAGAAUGUAAUAUAUCAAUGGGGUCAUGGGCGUUUGAUCGAACUGUUAUUGUUGUACAGUCAUCGGUGGACGAGAUUCUUCCACUGAGGGGAAGAUUUGAAGGAAACAGUGAAUGGGAACUUUUGUCAAUUCGUGCAUUCCGCACCGAUUCAUUUGAAUAUUCGCUAGGAACUUCAUUUUCUGAAAUUACAUACACUGUUACAUUGCAGCGAAAACCAGUGUAUUAUGUACUUGUUAUUCAGGCUCCCACUUUCAUUUUAUGCACCAUUACAAUAUUUGGACUCUUCUCACCAAACAGUAAUGAGAAUGAACGCCUUUCUAGAGUUGAGCUGUGCUUGAAUAUGUUUGCUGCAAUUUCAAUGAUGCUUCAAUUAGUUUCCGAUAUGAUGCCCAAAGCCUCGCGUCUUCCAUUACUAGGCAACUAUAUUAUUGCUGAAAUUUUUGUGGUUACUGCAGCUACAAUUGCUGCAAUUGUUAUUCAACAUGUUCAUCAUCAUGUUCACACAAAUGCAACGUGCCCUCCAAAAUGGUUACGAUGUCUCGUACUAUGUGAUUGUAUGAGGGAAGAAUUCCCUUCUAAAACCAGUUCUGUAUCCAGUAUGGAUGUUCCCGAGAACAUCAUUGCGCCUGUUUCUCUUCUGAAGUCGUCAUUACAUAAGACUGCGUUUCUUGUUCGUGACACUCUGCAAGAAAUGUCUCGCAUUAAUGAAAAUCAGUUGCUCUGGCUCAAAAUUCUGGAUAAAACUGAUCUAAUGUGUCUUAUUCUGUUUCAAGUUGCCAAUGUUGUAAUAACAAUUGUAUAUUGGAAAUAAAAAUCAAAAAUAACUUUCAAUAAAUUUAUAUUUACCCGUUUAAAAAA